GGCGCCGCGCAGCGGCCGCCCCUUGAAAUGUAUGAAGUGCAAAGAAGGUUCCCCGGUGUUAAUCAUCCGAGUUGGGGACGCUUUUUGCAAGGCCUGCUUCAAGGACUAUUUUGUUCACAAGUUCCGUGCCACGCUUGGGAAGAAUCGCUGUAUUUACCCCGGAGAAAAGGUCCUCCUUGCAUAUUCGGGUGGUCCUGCCUCCAGCUCAAUGGUGCGGCAAGUGCAAGAGGGCCUGAGCAGGGAAGCAGCCAAGAAACUUCGCUUCAAGCCGGGAAUUGUCUUCGUUGACGAGGGAGCGUUGUGUGGCCAGAGCCCGGACAGGCAGGAGGAGAUCCGCAGGCAGGUGGGGACAGUCCUGCAAGCCACGGGGUUCCCUUACCACCUGGUGAGCUUGGAAGAGGUGUUUGACCUUCCGGGCUCCAUCCUGCACUCGCUCUCCCACGCUGCCACGGACCAGAGCCACGGCAGCUACAAGCAGGCUGUGGACAGCUUCCUAAGGCAGCAGCAGGGCGGGGAGGCGGAGGGCCCAGCCGGAGCGCUGAAUCCUCGGGUGGCGGAACUGAGCAUCCAGGACUCGUCCCGGCAGGGAGGGCCGGGGGGUCCGGGAGCCGGGCGUUCUCCCCAUUCCCGUGCCGAAGCACUGAGCCGCCUCUUUGCGGCGGUGAAAUCCCUGACUGCCAAAGAGGAGCUUCUGCAGACCCUCCGGAACCACCUGAUCUUGCACGUGGCGCGGACGAACGGAUACAGCAAAGUGAUGCUGGGGGACAGCUGCACCCGCGUGGCCGUCAAGCUGCUGACCAACCUCUGCCUGGGACGGGGGGCCUUCCUGGCCCUUGACACAGGCUUUGCGGACGGCCGCCACGGGGACGUGCUCUUCCUGCGCCCCAUGCGGGAAUACCCGGCCAAAGAGAUCGCCUUCUACAACCACCUCUUUGGCGUGCCCACCAUCUUCAUGCCGGGCCUGGACACCAAAGCCCCCGACAGGGCCAGCAUCCACCGCCUGAUCGAGAGCUUCCUCUUCAAGCUGCAGUGCGAGUUCCCCUCCACGGUCAGCACCGUCUACCGGACGGGCGAGAAGCUGGGAGCGAGCCCUCGAGACGCCGGGCCCGGUGACCCCGCAGGACCGACACGCUGCCUCCUCUGCCUCUGUUCCCUCGACACCAACGUUGUGGACGGCUCCUCCUCGCAGGCCAUGCGGCUGUCGGAGCAGCUCUGCCGGAAGCCGGCGCCCCCCUCUCUUGGGAGUGGCUGCUGCGGAGGGGCCCGGGACUGCGCGGGAUGCUGCAGGAGUCCUCCCGGGAUCGGGGACUCUCCUCACCGGGAGCUGCUCGUCCCCUUGCUUUGCUACAGCUGCCGGUUGACUGUCCGAGACAUGGGCAGUCUGGAGCCCCUCCCACCGUACAUCUUCUCCGAGGCCGAGCGCCGGCGCUGCAGGGCUGCAAUGAAGCAAGAAAUCCAGGAGUUCCUGCUGGAAGACGAGCCCUGAGCUUCACAGGGCCGCUGUGCUCGCAUGCCCUGCCAGCAAAGUGGCACCAGAUCCUGGCUGGCCUUGGAGGACCACCUCGCGCAGGGCGGUCUUGCGCCCCUCGGCAUCCCCUGGCCGUGCAGCCGCCACGAGCUGUUUCCCACACCAACUAAAUUAUUGCGGAACAGUCCCUGUUCCACGCCCCCCGCAAACCGCCCGCCGAGCGCCACCCGCUCAGAACAACCCGCUCCCGUCCACACGCCCCGCUUUUUAUUUUUGUAUUUUUAUUAUAUAGAUCUGUAUAAAUAAACCACCUCCUUUAAAAAAAA